AUGAUCCGCGACCUGAGCAAGAUGUACCCGCAGACCCGGCACCCGGCUCCUCACCAGCCAGCGCAGCCCUUUAAAUUCACCAUUUCCGAGUCCUGCGAUCGGAUUAAGGAGGAGUUUCAGUUUUUGCAGGCUCAGUACCACAGUUUAAAGCUAGAAUGUGAAAAGCUGGCCAGUGAGAAGACAGAGAUGCAGCGACAUUAUGUCAUGUAUUAUGAGAUGUCCUAUGGGCUGAAUAUAGAGAUGCAUAAACAGGCAGAAAUUGUCAAGAGGCUGAACGCUAUAUGUGCACAAGUCAUUCCCUUCCUGUCCCAGGAGCACCAGCAACAAGUGGUGCAGGCUGUGGAGCGUGCCAAGCAAGUGACCAUGGCAGAACUGAACGCAAUCAUUGGGGUAUGUGGUCUUUCUGGUCUUCCUCCUUCUCAGCAACAACUCCAGGCCCAGCAUUUGUCACAUGGACAUGGUCUUCCUGUGCCACUCACUCCGCACCCCUCGGGCUUGCAGCCUCCAGCCAUCCCACCCAUUGGCAGCAGUGCUGGUCUCCUGGCACUGUCCAGCGCGCUGGGGGGGCAGUCCCACCUCCCAAUUAAAGACGAGAAAAAGCACCAUGAUACUGAUCACCAAAGAGGUAGGUGGGAAGGAACAUACAAUAAUAUACUACUGCCUCCCAAAUUAACAGCAGAAAAGCACAGAAAUUCAACAGAUUAUUCUUCAGAUAGUAAAAAACAGAAAACAGAAGAGAAGGAAAUAGCAGCUCGUUAUGACAGUGAUGGUGAAAAGAGUGAUGACAACUUGGUAGUUGAUGUUUCCAAUGAGGAUCCUUCCUCUCCCCGGGGAAGCCCAGCACACUCUCCACGGGAGAAUGGCUUGGACAAGACUCGACUGCUGAAGAAAGAUGCACCAAUUAGUCCGGCAUCUAUUGCAUCCUCCAGCAGUACUCCUUCCUCCAAAUCCAAAGAACUUAGCCUUAAUGAGAAAUCUACCACUCCUGUGUCUAAAUCAAAUACCCCAACUCCACGGACUGAUGCCCCAACUCCAGGCAGCAACUCCACUCCCGGACUGAGGCCAGUGCCUGGCAAGCCCCCAGGUGUGGACCCGCUAGCUUCAGGUUUAAGGACACCUAUGGCAGUGCCGUGUCCUUAUCCUACUCCGUUUGGGAUUGUGCCACAUGCUGGUAUGAAUGGGGAGCUGACCAGCCCUGGAGCUGCCUACGCCGGUCUACACAAUAUUUCCCCUCAAAUGAGUGCAGCAGCUGCAGCAGCAGCCGCAGCAGCAGCUUACGGGAGAUCUCCGGUGGUUGGUUUUGAUCCACAUCAUCACAUGCGAGUCCCAGGCAUCCCUCCCAAUCUCACAGGCAUCCCAGGAGGAAAACCAGCAUACUCAUUUCAUGUAAGUGCAGAUGGUCAGAUGCAGCCGGUUCCUUUCCCUCCUGAUGCCCUCAUUGGUCCAGGAAUCCCUCGCCAUGCCCGUCAGAUCAACACUCUGAACCACGGGGAAGUUGUGUGUGCAGUUACCAUCAGCAACCCCACAAGACAUGUGUACACGGGUGGGAAGGGGUGCGUCAAAGUCUGGGACAUCAGCCACCCUGGCAACAAGAGCCCUGUCUCUCAGCUGGACUGCCUGAACAGAGAUAACUACAUCCGUUCCUGCAGAUUGCUCCCGGACGGCCGCACCCUGAUUGUUGGUGGGGAAGCCAGCACGUUAUCCAUUUGGGACCUGGCAGCUCCAACUCCUCGCAUCAAAGCAGAGCUGACAUCUUCUGCUCCAGCUUGCUAUGCACUAGCUAUCAGCCCCGAUUCCAAGGUCUGCUUCUCUUGCUGUAGCGAUGGGAACAUUGCAGUGUGGGAUCUGCAUAACCAAACUUUAGUAAGGCAAUUUCAGGGCCACACAGAUGGAGCGAGCUGUAUUGACAUUUCUAAUGACGGCACUAAACUAUGGACAGGAGGCUUGGAUAAUACAGUCAGAUCGUGGGAUCUCAGAGAAGGGAGACAGCUACAGCAACAUGACUUCACAUCACAGAUCUUCUCACUGGGCUAUUGCCCAACUGGUGAAUGGUUGGCAGUAGGAAUGGAGAACAGUAACGUCGAAGUGCUGCAUGUAACUAAGCCGGACAAGUAUCAGCUGCAUCUUCAUGAGAGCUGUGUGUUGUCACUCAAAUUUGCUCACUGUGGCAAAUGGUUUGUAAGCACUGGAAAAGAUAAUCUUCUUAAUGCCUGGAGAACACCUUAUGGAGCCAGUAUAUUCCAGUCCAAAGAAUCCUCAUCUGUGCUUAGCUGUGAUAUCUCUGUGGAUGACAAAUACAUUGUCACUGGCUCUGGGGACAAGAAAGCUACAGUCUAUGAAGUUAUUUAUUAGAGACAAAUCUGAAUGCAGACAGAACUCCUUCUCCUAGCACUUUGCUAUAUAUUCCUUUUUUUUCUUUCUAAACUGCGAACUUAAAUGCUCAUCACAGUUGUGGAAUUUAUUUUUAUGUUCUUAACUUGCUAUUGAUUUGUGAAUGCUCAUUAAGAAGUUGUGAUACCAAAUUGUCAGAUAUCUACUUGGAAGAAGAUGGAAUAAGCAUACUUAACAGUGAACUUAACUCUUUAAUUAUGUAUUAUAGCUGUAAUGUAUUUAUUUUGUUUAAAGAAGGCUUUCUAACAAUGAACUGACUAAAUAAAGCUGUCUGGCCCGGCUUUAGUUUGAAAGGUGCAUUGUAUACUUUGUGUUUUUGCAGGUGGAUAAAUUGGGGAUCUUGGAGAAGGAUGUUCAGGAGAUAGUUAAAGUUACACUAAAUAGACUUGUAGUUUCUAUUUAAAAAAAAAUAAACUUUGUUAUAUUUUUUAGUCCUGUUCUUGGAUGAGACCUCUAAGUGUUAUUACAGUAUAAUUAUUUGGUGGGAAGAUGCUGUAUCUUAACUAUUUUAGACAGUCUUGGAAACUUAGAAAAUUGCAAACUGUAGCCAGUAAUCUACAUGCCUGUGAUGAAUGGCAAAUUCAGUUCACAUCUAAAUUAAAUUCACUUUAAGUAAGAAUGUGCUAAUUUAUAUAUUUGCAAUGUUAAUAUAGCAUCUUGUGUACAGAUUUGUUCUCAAUGCUUUUCUGUUGAUAAACAUAAAGCAUUUUGGUGUCAAGCUAGGUUUUUUAAUAUAAACACCUCUCUUUGUUAUAUUGUAGAGAGUACAAUAAGUUGCCUCAAAGAAUCACCUUUGUUACUUCUGGAAACUUUUGCAAUGUUUCCUUGAAAAUGGGGAUAUGUGUCUUUGGGCAAUUUUUCAAUUACAAGAGAUUAUUGAAAAAUAUUUGAUAUGUUCUUUGGAAACUGCACUGAAAUAAGAAUGGAUGCCUACCAAUAUACAAACUACAAAAGCAAUGACCUCUGAGGUAGGAUUUACGAGUACUCAUUCCGACAUACGAAAAGGAAUGGAUUCUCAUUGGGAUAAGGACUUGCUUUGUUCGCCAGCAGUUCAAUCCAAGUCUUGAUUGGAUGUCCCUAAAACGGACGCAGACUGAGCCAUUGUGCCAGAGACAACGUGUUAUCUUUUUAUGUUGUUGUUGUUGCUGUUAAACUAUGAUCUGUGACUUUUUUUUUGAAUGCUUUAAAAAAAAUCUUUAAGUCUGUGGAUCUGCUGAUGUACAGUGCCUUUGCUGCUAUGGAUCAAAAUCAAAAGACCCGUGUAGAUAAAUCUUAUUGUAUAAGUAGAAAAUUACUUAAUUUCAUACUAGAAAUGGAUUGAUGCUGCAAGUUAAAAUGGACUGUUCAUUGAAGUUCCAAAUGUGGUAGCAAAAAAUGGUGUCUUAAGUGCUUAGUGUUUGAUGUCAUUAACAGUUUCGUAAUACUCUACAUUGUAGAAAGAUUUUGAUACUAAACUGUGUCAUUGUACAUAGUUCUAAUGCAUUGUAUUGACCACCAGUACUUCUAUAAUGGUAGAUUAU